UUCAAAUAACUGCGUUUAAAAAAUCGCGAGCCGUUUCAUCCGGGUCCUCUCGUCUGGUUCUGGCGGGAAUCUGCUCGGUAGCUUUUAUCUUUUUGCUCCGUUUUGUUUGUGCUAUGACCCUUUAGCUUCACUCUGUAAGUUACACUUGAGCUAGAAGCAAAAAACGAGCCCCGUUUGAUUAAACGAGUUAACUAAAAUUACGUUUUCUUCGUCUGUUCAUGAUUUUCGUCUUAUAACAACAGCUGGAUCCAUUAGCUGAAAACGUUAGCUAGCAGAUAGCUAGGUAGCAUUAGAGCCGUUAGCAGUUGAACAGUUUACAUUAAGCUAUUUAAUUAGCCUCAAUUAAAGCAGGUUGGAAGAAUGCCAACAGGGAGGAAACAGAUGGGGAAAAAACACCCAGAGGAAAAAAAUGAUGUAAAGGUGUUUGAUUUUAGUGAAAAGGAGGAAAAGAAAGGGCUGAGUGGCUCAGAGGACGAUGUCAGGGAAGAUGAAACUCCAAUAGUGGAAAAAGUGGCCAAGAAGAGACCUGCACCUGAAUUUGAGGAGGGGGCAACAUCAUGUGCUGUGGGAAACGAGGUACAAUCCAUGUUGGAGAGAUUUGGAGCUGAUAUCAGCAAAGUGAUGCAGGCCAAGAAGAAACGUCUUGAGUCUCUGACAAAGAACUACAUGAAGGGAAGCCAACACAAACUGGAACAGCUGUGGAACACCUAUCACAGCGAGAGGCAGAAGAUGACACACCAGUACUCCCAACAGGUGUCCUCAGCGCUGCAGCAGUGGGAGGCUGAAGCCCAGCGAGCUGAAGAGCAAGAGGAGAAGUUCAACAAUCUGUUCAGACAGCAGCAGAAGAUCCUGCAGCAGGCCAGAGUGGUUCAGAACCAGAAGCUGAAAACUGUCAGAGAGUUGUACGAGCAGUUUGUGAAGAACAUGGAAGACAUGGAAAAGAGCCAUGAUGCAUUCCUGCAGGGGGCGCAACAAGAGCUGAGGAAGGAGAUGGCCACUCUGCAGAAGAAGAUACUUAUGGACACUCAACAACAGGAGAUGGCCACAGUCCGCAAAUCGCUGCAGUCGAUGCUGUUCUAGCCUGUUAACACGAUGAAAAAGUAAUAUUGCAUUUGUAUUCCUGUAGCGUUGUCAAGGUUGCAUCACUUGAAUUUAUAGUUAUUUUUCACAUUGCGACUUUGUUCUCUUACAGUUUGUGACUUUUUGUUGAAAAUAGUCUGUUCUACAGCUGAAUUUUUGUUUUAGUUUAUUCAGCAAGGAGGCAGAGCAGCCGUUAUUUAAUAUCUGACCACAAGAGGGAGAACAGAAUAUGUUCAGGAAGGCGUAAAACUCUUCAGCAACUUUCAGAGUUCAAUUAAAAACAAAGUUAUCUUAAUCACAAAUGUUUUAUUAAUUCAUAGGCAAUUUGAGACAAAGAGCCUUGGAUUAAAAUUUCACACUGCAUAAUUUAAAACUGUGGAAUUAUUACUACACCUUCUGAAAGAUUAGAAAAUGACUAAAAUAAAGUUGUUGUUUUUUGUACAGUA